AAUCGGACCUGGUAUCGACUUGUCUACACACUUUGACGCUUGGUUGCUACAUGCUAACUACAUGUUAGCUAAACAUGCUCACAGCAGCAGUCACAACCUUGCGGUUGCGGUUUCGGGAUCUCUGGCUGAGCUGAGACUGUGUGGGGGGAGAUUGGGGCCGUUUGGAGGCUCAUUCCGGAGGGAGACGAGCCCCGGGGCUUAUAUCAUGGGCUCCGUGGAUCUGAUGUACUAAACACGGGACAGCCUGAGUGGCAUUCUGUGCCAGGCUGAGCAGAGAAGAUGCUUGAAGGCCUGGUGGCUUGGGUCUUGAACACAUAUCUGGGCAAAUAUGUGAGUAACCUAAACACGGACCAGCUCUCCAUCGCUCUGCUCAAAGGGGCUGUGGAGUUGGAGAAUCUCCCUCUCAGAAAAGAUGCUCUGAGAGAGUUCAACCUGCCGUUUGAAGUCAAAGCUGGCUUCAUUGGAAAGAUUACACUACAGAUCCCGUUUUACAAGCCGCACAGUGAACCAUGGGUCAUCUCCAUGUCCCAGCUCAACCUGAUCAUCGGCCCCAGCCCCCUGCAGGAGUACGAUGCUCAAGCAGAGGCCGAGGAGGAGGCAGAGCGCAAGAGGAGACUGCUGCAUGCUCUUGAGGACAAGUUUAGGAGCGAGUGUGAGCAGAGGGGGGAGUCCUACUGGUACUCGGUCACCGCAUCUGUGGUCACCAGGAUCGUGGAGAACAUCGAGUUGAAAAUCCAGGACGUCCACCUUAGGUUUGAGGAUGACUUCUCUGAUCCCAAUAAGCCCUUUUCCUUAGGAGUCUGCAUCAACAAUGUGUACGCUCAGAACCCCUCCAAAGAGGCGGGGAAGAAGCAGCUGCGUCAGAAGCAGCUGGAGAUCGAAGACUUCAGCGUGUACUGGGACUCCCAGAGCACCAUGCUGGGACAACUGCCUGUCAACCAGAUCCAGGAGGCUAUGACUGCAUGCAUGCAGAGCCGUGAGCACCAAUACAUGUUUGAGCCGGUGUGGGCCUCUGUUCUGCUGAGGAGAAACACCUCCAAAGAGCCCCUGCGUUCCAGACACACCCCCAGGAUUGAAGGCCUGAUCCAGCUAGAGCCACUGUCCCUACGCCUCUCACAGGUUCAGUACCAACAGAUUAUGCUGUUUCUCAAAGAGCUGGACCGCAGAGAAAGAGAGCUGCGCUAUAGGAGAUGGAGACCAAAAGUCCCUGUCACCAACAAUUGCAGGGCUUGGUGGAGCUUUGCCAUCCAGGCCAAUCUGCAGGAGAUCCGGGAGCAGAGGCAUCGCUGUAACUGGAACUUUGCUCUGCAGAGGGCCCGGGACGCUCAGACCUACACCAGCUUGUACUUUAGGAAGCUGAAGGGAGUGGCUCUGAGCCCACAUGAGGAGACUGAGCUGCAGAGGGUGGAGGAGGAGCAGACGGUAGAGGAGCUGCAAACCCUCCGAGAAGUUGUCCACGACUGGUUUAGAAAACAACAGGAAAUUGCAGAGAAUGUGCGAGAGCCCAGCACAGAUCCUCAGUCCUCUGAAUCCUCGACUCUUCCCAAAAGUGGCAGUUCCGGAAUGGUUCAGUAUCUGCAGUCCUGGUUUCCUGGGUGGGGAGGUUGGUACGGAGAGUCCCAAGAUCCAGCCUCCGAGCAUUUGCUACCCAGCCCAUCUUCCUGGGACCUUCUGGCAGAGACCGAGGACCUGUUUGACCCCAUGGAGGACUCCCACACUCUCAACACAUUCACGCAGCGGGACAACCUGUUUGCUCGACUAGAGUUCCAGUUGGAGAAGGGCUCAGUGACCCUGUACCACGAGGAGCGAGGAGAGGGGUAUGGGGAGGAGCGAGAGAAGGGACAACCUAACCUCAGCUCAAUUAAGGAGAGUGGGGUCAUACAGCUUGAGCUCUCAGAGGUGAAGGUGGUCCUGGAGUCCCUGCCUCGCUCCGAGUCGUCACUUCUCUCAGUGAAGCUGGGGGGACUGUUCCUGACCGACUUGAGCACUCAAGGAACCAUCUUCCCUGUCCUGGUCUCUCCUAAAACCGACAAAGUGCUCGUCGCCAUGAACCAGUCCCCUGCACCUGGACAAACAAGCAGCACCACAGGGGGCUGUACACAGAGCUCCUCGUCUCCUGUCUUUGAGAUGAUAUAUGAGCGCAACCCUGUGAGGAGUACAUUUGAGAGGAGACUGGAAGUGCACACAAGUCCACUCAACAUCAUCUACAACCCUCAGGCCAUCAAAAAAGUCACAGAAUUCUUCUAUAAGGGUCGUGUCCAUACAUCAGGCUUUGGUUAUCAGUCUGAGCUGGAGCUGCGAGUUGCUGAAGCCGCCCGGCGACAGUACAACAAGCUCAAGAUGCAGACCAAGGCAGAGAUCCGACAAACCAUUGACCAGCUCCUAGUGGGAGAGUUCAUAGAAAACAGUAAACGCUGGACCAUGAAGCUGGACAUCAGUGCACCACAGGUCAUCUUUCCUGAUAAUUUCCAGUCGGAGGAUCCCAUGCUUGUAGUUGUGGAUUUGGGCAGGAUUUUGUUGACAAACUCUUCAGACGAUAAAAAGACUCAUUCCAAAGCCGAUCAUGAACUGGAUGACAUGAGUGACGAUGACUUCCAAACCCCACUGGCCACUCCACCUGAGUCUCCUCCUCCAGAACUCAAUGUGGCUUUCAAAGAACCACUAAAAAGCCUAGAUAUAUCCAGCCUUCGUUCUCCUGAAAGCUCCCUCGCCUGCAGGAAAAAGCUAUAUGAAAAUUACUCCUUGUCAUUUAAGGACCUGCAGAUCAUGGUCGGCCAUUGUAAAGACAACUGGAAGCACCUUCAGGAGAGCGAGGUCGGACCCACUCAUGUCGUGGAGAAGUUCAAUGUUCUUCUACAGUUGGAGCAGAGGCUGCGGUACACUUCUGAUCCGCAACUUCCUGGAGCGGUGCUGUCGGGAACACUCCCCGAUCUCAAAGUCCACAUCAACUUUGAGAAGAUGUCCGCGCUGAGGAACUGUCUGGCCCGACUCGGAGGUUCAGCUGAUAAAAACAGAAGCGGGACAGAGAAAAGCGUCAAUGUGAAGCCCACGGACCCCUUCAGACAUCAGAACAUUUUCAAGAGGGACAACAGCUCCUGGAAGCUACACGGAUCGGCCAAGAACCUGACACAGAGCGUAAUGACUCUGGAGCAGCACACGCGCGAGGUCCUGGUGGAGUCCCGUCUGUUGCUAGCCGAGUUCAACAUCAACUACAUGCAACUGGGUGUGGAGAGCGACGGCCGCUACAUCUCCGUGCUCAAAGUUUUUGGCACAAAUGCACACUUCAUCAAGAGACCUUAUGACAUGGAGGUUUCCUUGACUGUCCACGGCCUUCUGCUCGUGGACACCUUGCAAACGUAUGGCUCGGACUUCGACCUGCUGGUGGCUUCACACAAACAUCUCAGUUUUGAUAUUCCGACGGGCAGCUUGAGGGAGAGCCAGCCCUCUUCUCCUGUGUCCUCUCAUGAGAAGGUGCAAGAAGAUCACAACCUGAACAAGGACUCAUCUACUGGUGCAGCUUUAGAUAGCUCAUUCCUCAAAGACCAGAACGCGUUGAUAAAGCUGGAGUACCAGUUUGUCAGCUCUGACUGCCCCUCUAUGAAUCUAGACAGCUCCCUUCAGGUCACCACCAUGCAGGUCAACAACUUGGACAUCAUCCUCAAUCCUGAAACCAUAGUGGAGCUACUGAAGUUCUUGCAAAAGUCCUUCCCAAAAGAGGAGAGUGAUUUCACUUCCACAACACACCAACCUUCUACCUCCGAUGAAGAGGACGGCACGUACCAGGUGACAUAUGACCAGAAUACAGAGCUGACGGUGGAGAUCCAGCGUUUGAACGUGCUUCUCUUGCGCACCGUGUCCACUGGCUCAAUGCUGGGGGUGGAGAAGAAGUGUCUGAAGAUCGCCACGGCCAGCAUCACCGGGACCAAGGUCAAUGUGUCCCUGGGCAGCCGCAUAGACGUCCAUGGCUCCCUUGGCUCCCUGCAGCUGGUGGACCUGACUCACGACACCAUCCAGAGCCAGUUCGUGGUCAGCAUUGGUAAUGCGGAAGACUGCUCAAACGUGGAUGGCGUAACGUUACUUUCGGAAACCACCAGCAUCCCAUGCGAGGCUUUGAAUUUCCACUUCUCAGAAAAAUCUCAAGGAGAGUGUUUCUUGCAGCUCGAAAUGGCAUCAUUGCAUUAUAACCACUCGCCUAAGUUCUUGAAGGAAUUGACGCUUUCAGCCAAUGAGGUUGAAGAUAAUUUUCGCUCCAUGUUGAGAAGUGCCGCAUCUAAAGUAUCCACAGUCCUGGCAACAAAAACAGCAGAGUACAGUGGAAUGGUGUCCCUGUUUGAGACCCCGUCUCGCAGAGCACGUACCCAGAGCCAGUGCUGGGUCUACCCCUUUGACGAGGGCGAGGAGGACCUUCUGGAGGACUCCCAGAGCAGUAUAGACAAGUUCUUGGUCAAGUUGACUUUAAACAUUGAGAUUGAGUCCCCAGUGGUUUCUAUUCCACGUAAACCAGGGCACACUGAGCUGCUGGUUGGUCAUUUAGGCAGAAUCUCCAUCCAGAAUUUUGCCACAGGGCAGGGUUGUGAAGAGGAGCAGCUGCAGGUGUUGGUGAGGGACAUUCGGCUCUACUCCCUCAACCUCAGUCAUCUGGAUUUGAAAAAGACGCACACAGAGAAGGAGACAUCUACCGUCUGUGAGGGCUUCAACCAUAACACGGUUCAGUUCACACGCAACGACUUCUUUGAAUCUCUCAGCUGUGGAAAAGCUUACCAUAUCCUCAAAGACACCACCAUUCAGUUCACUAUGGAGAAAAUCCCAGCAGAUGACAACAAUCACUUUGCCUUCCUGAGCACAGAGGAGCCCUGCAGGAGCACAGGGUUACUCAAAGUCCAAGGGAAAUUUGUCACCCCUGUUCAGGUGUUCUUGUGUAAACCUGUGUAUGAACAAGUCGUGCAGACACUGGACAGCCUGUCCCUGAUGGAGGAGCAGCGGGUCACUCCGAGCCAGCCCCCUACACCUCCUCCACCCACCCCUUCUAGCACCCGCCCACACCGCUUCCCUAACUCUCCCGGCGGUCUGUUCGCCCGGGACCCUCCCUACAUCAGCUUCUCAUCCCCACUGGCUCUGCAGGCCCAUGAGCCCAGCCCCGACACUCUUUCAUUCACACAGCUCAAAGUUACUCUACAUGUGCCAAAACUGCAAGUGCAGCUCAAUGCAGACCUCACCCAGGGCUCCCAGGGACUGGUGAGUUUGUGCUUUCAUGACCUAGAAGGUGACAUCACCAAAGACCAUCCUCAGCUCCUGGCUGUACAGCUGGCCUUGCGCUCACUGCUGAUGGAGGACCUCUUGGAGAACAACCCAGAAUCCAAGUACAAACAUCUAAUGGUAUCCAGAGGAGCUCCAAAACCUUCUACUUUCAUCACCAGAGAGUACCUAUCUCAAAGUUGCCCGUCCGUGUCCAAUGUCCAGUACCCGGACAUGCCCCGCUCACUGCCUGCCCACAUGGAAGCCGCUCAGAAUGUCUUCCAGCUCUACCAGAGACACCCCAGCACCCCCUCUGCCAACCGGAGCAAAGCUAAAGAAGAAUCAGACUGUCCAAGCACCCCGCCCCCCUCCCCUACCCACAGAAUGGCCUCGAAGCAUGACACAGACUUCGACGAUUCUUUGGUGCAUAUAAACAUUCUCCUGGUGGAUCAGGCCCACCCGGAGUUCAGGUCGCGGUACGGUGGGGUGGGGCGCAGCGUGGACGUGGACUUUAACUGCCUGGACAUCCUGAUCACCCUGCAGACCUGGGUGGUCAUUCUUGACUUCUUUGGGAUUGGGUCCACGGCCAAUAAUCAUGCAGUGAAGGUGACCACUAUGUCUCCCCAGCCUGCGUGCGAGCCUUGCGCAGAAGACAAAGAGGGACAAGUUGUGAACACUAAAGUAGACCUAAAGGUGCAUUCUUUGUCUCUUGUUCUCAAUAAGAAGGCAAAUGAACUUGCUCGAGCCAAUGUUUCCAAGCUGUCAGCACAUCUGGACAUGCUGGAUGGUGAUUUAGCUUUGCAAGGGAGUCUGGGAAGUCUGUCCCUGAGCGACCUAACGCCACAUGGAAAUCUGUAUCGAGAACGCUUUACCACAAGAGGAGCUGAAGCUCUAGUUUUUAAUAUUCAUAAGUAUGGGCAGCCCGACCUGUGGCUGGAGCGAGACUAUGAUGUGCGAGUGUGUCUGCAGAUGGCGUCAGUGCAGUAUGUUCACACACAGCGCUUUCAGGCUGAGGUGGUUGCCUUCAUUCAGCACUUCCUCCAGCUGCAGGACGUCCUGGGCCGACAGAGGGCCGCCAUGGAGGGCCAGGCUGUGCGGGACCAGCCCCAGCGAUCGAGUAGAGUUCUCCUGGACAUAGAGGCCGGGGCUCCUGUCAUCGUGAUCCCAGAGAGCUCACGCUCUCCCAGGGUCAUAGUGCUGAACCUGGGCCAGCUCAAAGUACAGAACCGUUUCCUGCCAGCAGGGGCACACGGCACCUUCUCUCUGCUGGACAAGGUAGAGAAACUGACCAUGGUUCAUGCCUUUCUGCCCUGUCUGGAGCGCGUUCAGAAGGCUGCAGACAAAAGCAGUGAUGAGGAGAGGGCCCGGAGUGUCAUCAGUGCACCCUCUGGGUUCUGCCUGGGACGACCACAUGCUGCUAGCUGGGGGUCAGGGUCUGAGGAAGCUCCAGAGGAGCAUGUGUGCCUGCUGGACUGUAUCGCUUUGGACCUAGAGGAGAUGGACAUCUUUGCUGCAGCGCGGGUGCCCUUAGACAGCUGUGGCAAAGCAGCAGAGAGCUCAGACCUGAUGUUCCCCUCAUACCUGGUCCAGCGCACUGGAGCCAACAUGCUCAAGGACUGUUGCCGCCUCAAGCUCAAAGUAGAACGUAAUCUGGACAAGGAGUUGAGCCAUGCCGUGCCAGACCUGACCAUCCACGGCAGCCUAUCUUCGGUGCACUGCUCUCUGGACAAGGAGAACUACAGGCUGAUCCGGGGGCUUUUAGAGAACAAUCUGGGAGAGCCUGUGGAAGAGUUCUUACGCCCUUACAACCUGCAGGACCCCAGCAUCUAUACGGUUCUCAGUGGAGAUGUCUACACCACCUUCUCCUUCCUGGUUGACAUGAUGGAUGUGAGCCUGGAGAUUUUGGACUGUCCAAAGGCCAGUGAAGACCAGGGUUCUUUAGCCAGGUUUGACUUCAUGAAAUCUAAGCUGCUCUUCGAGAGUUUGUCCAAUGGUUCUAAGUCUGUAAACCUGGUGUCCCACUCCCUGCUGGCCUUUGACACACGCAGCCCCGACUCACACGCACACCCCAGAGCUAGGCACAAGCACAAUGUGUUUGACUGCAUCCUCCAGCCCUCCAAGACCGGCUCCAACCGUGCCUCCCUGCAACUAGAACUGCACUACAGAUCCACAAAAGAUUCAUCCUCCUUCACUGUGGUCCUAAACAACCUGCGGGUCUUUCUGAUCUUUGACUGGCUGCUGCUGGUGCAGGACUUCCUGAGCAUGCCUCCAGAGAAAACCCAGUGUGGAGCUCCAACCAGGCAGCGCUGGCCCAGUAACACCAGCACAGACUCAAGCUCAUCCAUCGCCAUGCCCAAAACAGUCAAGAGCGGAGUGGUCACUAAAAGGUCCACAGUGCCCGUGAGCCAGGAACGCUGCCUGGAGAUCAAGAUCAAUGUCACAGGCACAGAGUUUGUGGUGGUAGAAGACUCCUCAUGUCUGGAUACCAAUGCCAUUAUUCUGAAAGGCACCACUGUCCUCACCUACAAGCCCAGACUGCUGGACAGGCCCUUUUCUGGCAGCCUUGCUGGGAUUGAGGUGUUCUCCUGUCGCCUGGGCAGUGAGCAGGAGACAGCCCUGUCCAUCAUUGAUCCAGUAAAUGUCCAAGUGGAGCUGUGUGGAAGCCCGACAUACCAGAGCAGCUCUGGUCUGCUGGACGCCUUCAAUGUGGAGGACAUCCCCCCACUGCUGGAGAUCCAGUUCCCUGCUCUGGCCAUUCGCCUCUCCUACAAUGACAUUCAGCUCUUUUUGGACAUUGCCAAGUCCCUCCCUUCAUGGGGCACUCAGGAGACGGACACACAGAACCCCUCGGGCCUGGAGCCUGCUCCGCCCAAAGACAGUUUUGCUAGCAAAACACAAUCUCUAAUAGCAUCUCAACUCUCACAUUUACAAGACCUCGGCUUCAGGAAAGAUGACUGUAAAAAAGCUCUAAUGAUUUGUAAAGGGCAGCUGGACCAGGCAGCCACCUGGCUCCUGGAGAAUGCAGAGAACAUGGGCAGGGCCAGGGCGGACUCAGGCUCAGGUCAUGGCGCUCCCUUGUCUGGCCUGGAGCUCAAGGCUGACAGUGUGUGCAUCUGUUUCAUCGAUGAUUGCCUGGACUGUGACAUCCCUCUGGCUGAGCUCACCUUCUCCAGGCUGUACAUUCUACAGAGGAUUGGCUCCACUCAGGAGGGCACAGCCAGUUUUGCCCUGUCUGGGGACUACUACAACAGAGAGCUGUCAGGCUGGGAGCCCUUCAUUGAGCCCUGGCCAUGUUUCCUGUCCUGGCAGCAGCAGGCAGCCGGCCGUCUCCAUCCUCCACGACUCAAGAUGGCCAUCCGGGCCAAGCAGAGACUGGACAUCAACAUCACCUCUGUGCUUAUGGAACAAUACAACACAACCAAGAGCUCCUGGAUGGCUGACUACUGUAAAGAGGAGCAGAGCCCUCAGAGCCCAGUGCCUCUGCCCUGGGUAGGCUCCUCUGUUGACCCGCCCUGCUUCGACAAGAAUGUGACGCUGUCCAAGAGGAGACAGCCCUUUGUGCCGUAUGCACUGAGAAACCACACGGGCUGUACUUUGUGCUUUGCCACUCUCACUACAAGCCCUACAAGGGUGGCCCUGUCCCACAGCGGCAGUGCAGACUCCAUCUCUGAGGUGCAUGGUCCAGGAGCUGAUGACUCCCACAGUGUGAGCCAGUGGAGGGAGGUGCUGCCCGGAGCAGAGUUGCCCUUUGAGUUUGAGGCCAGGGAGAAGCUGCGCCACAGACACACUCAUGAGCUGAAGCUGCACCAGCUACUGGUGCGUGUCUGUGGGUGGGAGCAGAUCAAACCUGUGUCUGUGGACAAAGUGGGCGUGUUCUUCAGAUAUGCUGCUCCGGACAGGAACAGCUCCUCCAACACGGUGGGCAGUCCAGUGAGCAGAACAAACAUCAUCCAUCCACAUGUCUAUUUCUCGGCUCUGCCCCCUGUGCGAGUGGUCUUUGCUAUCACUAUGGAGGGAAGUGCCAGGAAGGUGAUCACAGUACGAUCUGCCCUGAUGGUGAAGAACAGACUGGACGUCCCUAUGGAAGUGCGCCUGGACAGCCCGUCAGCCCCAGACAAGCCAGUGGUCCUGCCUCCCAUCCUGCCCAGUGAGGCCCUGGCUGUGCCUCUUCACCUGACCUCAUGGCGGCUGCAGGCACGUCCCAAAGGCAUGGGGCUGUUUUUCUGUAAGUUGCCCAUACACUGGACCAGUGUGGAGCGCUCCGGAGAGCUGAGCAGCAGCCGAAGGGAGUGCCAGACUGCAGACUUUGAGGACUCAGAGAAGCGUAACUUCAGAUUUUGUGUUGUCAUCAAAAAAGAGAACUAUCCGGAUCAGCAGCCAGCAAAGAGAGUUAGCGGUGGGCCUCAGCAGAUCUAUCGUCAGCCUGGACACACUGUCUACCUACUGCCCAAUAUGGUCCUGGUUAACCUGCUGCCCUGUGACGUCAACUUCUACAUCAAGAGCACCCCCAUUAAAGGGUGUCUGAAGCCAGGGAAGGAGGCUGUGCUACACUCUGCCGACACCUCUCAGAACAUGGAGCUAGGUGUUCUGCUGGAGAACUUUUCUGUGUGUAAGGAGCUUCUAAUCCCCCCCGGGACUCAGAACUAUGUGGUGCGCAUGAGGCUGUAUGACAGUAACAAACGCCUGCUCUGCCUCACCAUCCGUAUCAUUUUGAGGGCACAGGGGGCGCUCAAGAUCCUCAUCUCUGCUCCUUAUUGGCUCAUCAACAAAACAGGUCUACCAUUGAUAUUUCGUCAGGACAAUGGGAAAACUGAUGCGGCGGGUCAGUUUGAAGAGCAUGAGCUGGCCCGGAGUCUCAGCCCGCUGCUGUUCUGUUACACUGACAAGGAGCAGCCUGCUAUGUGCACCAUGCGCAUUGGGAAAGGCAUCCACCCUGAUGGUGUUCCAGGCUGGUGCCAGGGAUUCUCUCUGGAUGGAGGUAGCGGCGUGCGGGCAGUCAAAGUCAUUCAGCACGGCAACAGACCUGGACUCAUCUAUAAUAUCGGUAUAAGUGUGAGGAAGGGGAAAGGGCGCUACAGAGACACCCACAUCGUGACCUUUGCCCCUCGCUACCUUCUGGACAACCGCUCCUCUCACAAACUGGCUUUUGCACAGAGGGAGUUUGCAAGAGGAAAGGGAACAUUGAACCCGGACGGCUACAUCUCCACUCUGCCUGGCUCCAGUGUAGUGUUCCACUGGCCUCGCAAUGACUAUGACCAGCUCCUGUGUGUGCGCCUCAUGGACACACCCAACUGCACCUGGUCCGGGGGCUUUGAGAUCAACAAGAAUAAGUCCUUCCACAUAAACAUGAGAGACACUUUGGGCAGCUGCUUCUUUCUGCGCACAGAGAUCAGCCUUAAGGGAGCCACAUAUCAGAUCUCCUUCAGCGACACGGACCAGCUGCCUCCACCAUUCCGCAUCCAUAACAUCUCUGAGGUGCCCAUCCAGUUUUGGCAGCAUGGGGUGGCAGACAUGAAGCUGCGCACAGAGGUGAAGGCCGGAGCACUGCUGGACUACGCCUGUGACGAGCCCACCCUGCCCCCCUAUCUCAGCCUCACUGUCAAGGGGGCGGGCUCAUCUGAGGUCACUGCUGAUAUGAACUUCUUCAGAGAGUACAAUAAGCUCUACUAUGAGAACUUUAUCUACAUCGCUGCUACUCACACGUUCUCACAGAAUGUGGAUGGGAGAAAAAAGCAUCUUGUGAGCUGUGCUGAGCUUGUGCUCGAUGUGGACACCAAGACACAGAGAGUUAUUCUGAAACAGAAGGAGCCAGGAAAGCGCUCCCAGCUCUGGAGGAUGACAGGGACUGGCAUGUUAUGUCAUGAAGGCUCCUCCCCUCCACAGAGCAAGCCCGCCCAGCCCCGGCCCCUGGACUCCUCCCUGGUGCUGGACAUUGCUGGUUUGGCUGCUGUUACUGACAACAGUUAUGAGCCUCUGAUGCUGAGGAGGCCGGACUCUCGCCGCAGCACCACCCAGACCUGGUACUUCAGCUCGGGCAUGCUCACCUGUGGCCUGCCCCGUCUUGUGGUUCAGGUCAAAGGUGGCGUUGCAGGUCUGUAUGACGGAGCAGAGGUGGUUCUAGGCCCAGACUCGGGCCUCCAGGCUCCGAGCCCAGAGCAGCAGUUCAUCAACCAGAAGAUGAGACCUGGUUCUGGGGUGCUGUCUGUGCAGGUGCUCCCAGACGGACCCACCCGUGUCCUCCAGAUCAGUGAUAACUUCCGCCGCAGCAUGUCAGGCUCCCCCACCACAGAGCUGGAGUCGGACAAGGAAGAGAAGCUCAAGGAGGUGGAGCAGGAGCUGGAGGUGCUGGUGAACUUAGACGAUGGGGUGGGGGUGUCCCUGGUCAACAGGGUGCCAGAGGAGCUUGUCUUCACCACACUGUGUGGGAUCAACGUCCACUUCACCAGGACUGCAGCUAAUGAGGUCUUAGAGCUCAGCAUCCAGAGCAUUCAGGUGGACAACCAGCUACUGGGCACCACUCACCCGGUCAUGCUGUGUGUGAGCCCCACCUCUGGGGACAGCAGUGUGACAGACACAGGGGAUGCCCUCCAGGUCAACUCUGUCAAAGUGCCCAGUACUCGGCAGCUCACCCAGCUCUUCAAGCACUUAAUGGUGACCACUCGUCGCUUCACUGUGAUCGUGGAGGAGAAGCUGCUGCUCAAAUUGCUGCAUUUCUUUGGAUAUGGGGAGACAGAGGCCGAGCUGGAGAGACUGGACGAGAACAUCCACGAGAAGCCCAAUGAGAAUGCCGGACCACCCACGCGAUACUACUUUGAGAACCUGAAGAUCAGCCUCCCACAGAUCAAACUCAGUGUCUUUACCUCUCACAAACUGCCUCUUGAUCUCAAGGCUCUCAAAGGCACUCUGGGCUUCCCUCUGAUCCGCUUUGAAGAUGCAGUCAUCAACAUGUACCCCUUCACCCGAGUGCACCCGUACGAGACCCAGGAGACCCUUAUCAAUGAUAUCCUCAAGCACUUCAGAGAGGAGCUGCUGAGCCAGGCUGCACAGAUCCUGGGCUCAGUGGACUUCCUGGGGAACCCCAUGGGCCUCCUCAAUGAUGUCACUGAGGGCGUGUCCGAGCUCAUCAAAUAUGGCAACGUAGGAGGCCUCAUCCGGAAUGUCACCCAUGGAGUCUCCAACUCUGCUGCUAAAUUUGCAGGGACUCUCUCGGAUGGCCUAGGGAAGACCAUGGACAACAGGCACCAGAGUGAAAGGGAGUAUAUCCGCUAUCAUGGGGCCACCAGUGGAGAGCACCUGGUGGCAGGUAUCCAUGGACUGGCUCAUGGGAUCAUCGGAGGCAUGACCAGCAUCAUCACAUCCACAGUGGAGGGGGUGAAGACAGAGGGAGGAGUGAGUGGGUUCUUCUCUGGUUUAGGGAAGGGCCUGGUUGGGACGGUGACCAAGCCCGUGGCUGGAGCUCUGGACUUUGCUUCUGAAACAGCACAGACAGUCCGGGACAUGGCCAGCCUCAGUAACCACAGAUUGAACGUGCAGCGCGUCAGGAAGCCUCGCUGUUGUAAGGGCCCCCAAGGCCUGUUGCCCCGAUACUCUGCCACACAGGCCGAGGGACAGGAGCAGCUCCUCCAGCUCACCGACAACAUCCACUCAGAGUUCUUCAUCGCUGUGGAACCCAUAGACACGUACUGCGUGCUCAUCUCCUCUAAAGUGGUGUACUUCCUGAAGCCGGGGGAAUACGUCGACAGGGAGGCCAUUUUCCUGGAGGUCAAGUAUGACGAUCUGUACCACUGCCUGGUCUCCAAGGACCACGGCAAAGUCUAUGUGCAGCUCACCAAGAAGGCAGAGAGCACCAGCAGCGGAGUGGCUAUUCCUGGGGCCUCUCAUCAAAAACCUAUGGUCCAUGUCAACAGUGAAAAUUUGGCUAUAAAAAUCUCUCAAGAAAUCAAUUAUGCCAAGAGCCUGUACUAUGAACAGCAGCUAAUGCUUCCCGCCUCAGAAAAUGAGGACUGCCUGCUGCUGGACUCCUGAGGCAAUGGCACUGUUGUCUCCUUAUGUGCUUUCAUGUUUGACUAAAUCAAGUGCAAAUAAGUCUGUGCCCACAGGGUCAUUGGCCUGGGGCAGACGAAGCAGAGGCACACAUAUGCAAAUGUGUAUUUAGGUGUAUAUCUACUGAAUGAUGAUGUGUCUAUGAUGGCAAAUAUUUGUUAUAAAUAAUUUUAUGAACAGAUGCUAAUGUAAAUAUUUCUAGUUUCUAAAUACUCUACAGCAGUGUACAUACUGUAUUAUGAGCUCAAGUGCUAUUUUGUGUAUUAUAGAAUAUUGUGUGACUGCACUGAUCAGUGAUCAUGUAGAGAGGACACAUGGACACUGCUUUAAUAAAGAACACAAGCACACCUCACGCCUGGUGCAUUUCUCUGAGCUCAUAUUGUUUAGCCGCACACUUGUGUUACACUUGUGUGUAAAAUGUGAAAAAGUUGGUACAAUAAUCAUUAUGGCUCUGGUAAGGUGUGAAAUGAAUGUUCAUGGACAUAAACAAUAAGAAA